AUGAAAGUUAGUAAUGGUGCUUACUAUCUAAAAGAAGAAGCUGACUUAUGGUGGACGCAAAAGAAAGAGGAAUUGAUGAAAGACCUUAAUUUUGGCUGGGAGGAUUUUAAGGUAGCCUUGAGGAAAAAGUUUUAUCCUGACCAUUUGAGGAAACAAAAAUGUAUGGAGUUCACUAACUUAAGGAUGGGAACUAUGACUCUGAGUGAGUACUAUUCUAAGUUCAUAGAGUUGAUGAGGUUUGCACCGGAAGUAGUACCAAUAGAGGCUAUCAAAGCCCAAAGGUUCGAACAGGGGUUAACUUGGAAUCUGCAAGGAAGACUGGGUGGGGCAACCUUUGAGAGUCUAAAUGAGGUGUAUGGCCGAGCUGCCCAUUUGUACGGGAUCAAAGGAAGAGAGCUAGGGAGCAUGUCAGGGGAGAAAAGGAAGUCCAACGAUCAACCCCAAGGGAACGAUAAGAGGCCUAAGAACCAUGCGAGUUUUGGGAAUGGGAACCAUGGGGAUAAGAAGGACUUUAAAGGGAAUUUUCGGAGAAACUCGAACCAGGGUGAUGAGAAUAGAGAGAAAAAGGAUAGAACUAAGAGAAGUUACUUCUGUACAAGAUGUGGGAAGGAUCACCCGGGGAAGGAUUGUGCAGGUAAUAAAGUGACAUGUCGAUACUGCCAAAAAUUGGGACACCGAGAAUACAAGUGUUUCAAGAAGGAAGCAGAUUUGAAGAAUGGAAAGGUUCAGGAUGGACGGAAUCCCCCAAAACCCCCACAAUCUAGUGGACCUGCCCAGAACACUGAAAUCAGCAAUGGUGGAAAUACUUCUAAGGGCCGGAUUUUCGUAAUGAAUAGCCGUGAAGCUGAGACUUCCUAUAAUGUGGUAAUUGGCACUUUUCUUUUACGUUCUUUAUCUGUGAAAGUUUUAUUUGAUUCGGGUGCAUCGCACUCUUUUAUUUCUAAGGCAGUAAUAGAAAGUCUCCAGUUAGAAAGUCCAGAGUCAGUCUCCUUGGAUGUAGCUAUUCCAACAAGGGAAGUUAGGGAGUGUUCUAGACUUUUUAGGAAUAUACCCCUAACUAUUUCAGAAGUAGAGUUUCCAUCGGACCUAAUUGUAUUCGAUCUCAAAGAUCUUGAUGUGAUUGUGGGAAUGGAUUGCCUCCAAGAGAUAAGGGAUGAAGAAGAAAAGAGUGAUACAAAAUUACCUGUUGUGGAAGAAUUUCCCGAUGUAUUUCCCGAUGAAAUACCAGGCACGCCACCAGAAAGAGAUGUGGAAUUCACGAUUGACUUGGUCCCCGGAACUGGACCUAUUUCCAAGGCUCCAUACAGGAUGGCCCCAGAUAAAAUGAAAGAACUAAAGGCCCAAUUGGAGGAUUUGCUUGAAAAGGGAUACAUUAGACCCAGUUCCACACCCUAG